AUGAGAUGGACAGAACAAGAAGACAAUCUUCUUUUAGAAUUAGUAAAAACUCAUGGAAAAGAUUGGCAAAAACUUUCGGAAAUUUUAGGUAGACCUUAUUAUAACAUUUCAUAUCGAUAUACGUGGAUAACAAGUAGAACUUGGUCUUCUGAAGAAAAUGCACAUUUACAUUAUGCAAUUAAACAAAUUAUGGGUGAUGACUUUGGACAUGAAAAAAUAAAAAUUUGUGAUAAUAAAUGGAAAUUGAUUAUGAAUAUUUUUGGUGAAAAAUUUUCUGAAAGAACUCUAGAAGAAGUUAAGCAUAAUUGGAAACAAUAUGGUUUAGGUGGAAAUGUUAAUAAUACUCACAAAAUUUGGAAUAAUUCUGUUAUUAAGAAUCAAGCUAAAAAGAAUCAAGUUAAUGCUGGUAUUUGGACUGAAGAAGAAGUUAUUAAAUUUGAAAUUGCAUUAGAAAAACAGGCUAAACAAUGGGCUAUUUGUGAAAUUGAGGAGUGGAUGGAUUUAUGGAGAAGAAUUAGUGAUAAUGUUGGAACUAGGAGUGCAAGGCAGUGUCAAAGGUUAUAUUAUUGGAAAUAUAGUAUGCCAAGAGACAAAGAUACAAGAAUUAAGGUUAUAGAUGAAAUUUCUGCAUAG